UAAGCACUAAAUUGGGUAACUGUCCAGUGACAGCAGAUAAACACCUGCUCAUACACAUCGUCUCGAGCCGGAGAAAGACGGGAACUGCUUUAAUACAACAAACAUUCGGGGCGGUAAUCGAUCCAAGACAAAGGAUUUGGACCUAAAAUGUCAGCUCGCAAAGGCAAAAGAAAAGAAUAUCUAACAGUGAAGGAUCUGCAGAAGGUUUUGGACUCUUGCACACUGCACCUCAGCCAACUUGACGAAGUGUGGCCACAUAUAUACAUAGGGAAUGUGGCAGUAGCCCAAAAUAAGGCUGCCUUGCUGAAAUUAGGUAUAACUCAUGUAUUAAACGCUGCUCACACCAAGCGAGGCAGCAUAGGGAACCAAAGCUUUUAUGGCAACGACUUUGUGUAUUGUGGCAUUCCAGCAGAUGACUCGACACACUUUGAUCUGGAUGUUUACUUCCAACCUGCAGCUGAUUUCAUUCAUAAAGCUCUGAAGUCACCUGGCGGGAAAGUUCUGGUGCACUGCAUUAUGGGAAUGAGCCGGUCAUCGACCUUGGUCUUAGCGUACCUCAUGAUCUACCAACACCUCCCACUCAAACAGGCUUUGCAGAAACUGAUCCAGAAGAGAGCCAUCUACCCCAACAGGAAUUUCCUGGCUUUGCUGUUGGAUCUGGAUCUUCAGCUGACAAAAAAAAGGAAAACAUGUCAGAUUUUGUAGUCAAGAGGCCUUUACAUUUUACGGCUACAUAGUUUCUGAGAAGGGUGUCGGUCUGUCGGUCCAACAGCUCAGACAAAAACACUUCCACAGAUGUAUGAAAUUUAGUUGAACUGAUGACUACAUUUCUGUCAGACUCAGCUGUACUCAGAUUAACAUAAAAAGGAGUGAAAUGGAAGGCGGCACACGUAACUCCACUUAGUACAUCUCUUAAUUUCAUGUAAGCAUUUUAAAUACCAAAAUGCUAGCAUACAAACGUAUUUAAAAUGCUACACAAUAUUAGCAGAAGAACAUAUCUGCACACUAAAUGCUUAUUUUUUAGCAUGUUGAAUCAGCACACCUUGCUUCAGGGUCUAAACAUUUGCAAAGUAUAGGCUACACAUGCUAAGACUGCCGUCUAUGCUCCAGACACGCUACCUGGUAAUGAUCUAACACUGGAUUCGAAGUGCAAAGUUAUUUCUUCAUUUAAAUACUUUUUUGCCUUUUUGUAAGCUGCAUAACCUCCUCCUGAGAAAGUAUUGUUAAAAAAGAAAAAACGUCUUAACAAAAAGACAGCUUAGUUGCAGAACAAAUUCAAACUUAAUGUACUGUUAAGUGAAGCGGAGACAAGACUGAGCAAAGAAUGCUAAUCGCACUGAGAUUUUAUGAGUAAAUCUGUCUUGAAUUAUGUCUUUUACCUCUCAUUCUUGUAGGAUUGAUUUUCCUUCAGCACCUCACUUUGUAUUACAGUAGAAUGGACCAAAUGUCUACAGGAACAUAUUUUACAAAGCAUCAUAUUUUAGUGUACUCUCUAGAUGACUCAGAAAAGAGGGAAUCAAUCUGCAGCAUCUGUCCGACACAUCACUGUUCACAGUGUGAGAUUCCUUUGGUGUGUUCGUCAAGCCAGCCGAGCUGAUCACCGCUGUGCAUCAAAAGCCUUCAGGUCUUUUGAUUGUCCAUGAAAUCAUCUGUAGGAGUAUUAGGGAUGUCAAACACACAAAAGGAGGCACAUGCAUCUUAUACAUUGUAGAGCUUGAAAGCAGUGAUUUCUACCUGUUAUGAACUGUUAUUUUUUGUGAAAAUGUCAACCUCACAAUAUCCAGCUUUUCAAUUGUGAAAAGCAUCUCUCAAAUGAUGGAAAAACAGCAGGAUGUGAAAGAUACAGAAGAACUGUAUCACCACAUGAUUUGUACUGAGUAUUGUAGUUGAUUAUUUCAUUUGGGUACAAAAACAAGUGACAAUAAAUUUAGAAUGUUUUGCAAAAAAAAAA